AUGGAUUCCGGAACUGGAACAAUGCAAUCAAAGAUGAUUGGUGAUGGUGGAAUGGAAAACACGAACAUUGCUAAUGCAAUCAAGAAAAAGCUUCAAAUCCGUGCACCCCAUUCGCGUAUUUCGGGAGGGUGCUCUAUUCAUAAGGUUCCUCAAAAGUUUCUCAAAAUGAGAGAGCCUAGUCCAUACAUGCCUCAGGUUAUCUCGAUUGGUCCUUAUCACCGGACAAACCAAAGUUUAAAAUCAAGAGAAGAUUUGAAGUUAUUGUAUGCACACAAAUUACUUGCCAAAAGAGCUGGAGAAGGAGAUUCGGAGUAUGCGCGUAGAGUUCAAGAAGAAGAAGACACUCGCGCUAUUAAGCCGGACUUGUCCGGAAUGCUAGUUGCGACGUCAGAAGCGUGGUUGGAGGAGUGUGUUUCAUCUAUUAAAAAAAUGGAAACAGAAGUUCGUGAGUGUUAUUCAGAACCAGUUGACCUGAACAGUAGAGAAUUUGUAGAAAUGAUGAUAAUUGAUGGAUUGUUCAUUAUUGGGAUGUUAAUGAGAUCGGAUUUACGGAAAAGCUAUGUUGCAGUUGCAGACGACCCUUUUGAUAGAAACGAUUGGCUCUUGUUUAUGGUCGAACAGGAUUUGUUACUUCUUGAAAACCAAGUUCCGUUGUCUGUCCUUCAAUGCUUGUACAACAUAAUUUUCAAUGCAGAAAGGAUGGAUUCCCUUUACGAGGUUAUUUAUAAGUUUAUCACCAAAAUGUGGCAGCGGAUGUUACCAACUCAUGAAACGAUACCUUUUGAAGCGCAUCCGGGUCAAUGUGAACACGCCGAGCAUUUACUAGGUUGCCUUGUUAUACUCAUCCAUGGGCGAUUAUCUCGCUCUUUGCAGCAGUUCUACUUAUUGCCCUUAUUGGAGAAAUUACUAAUAAUGUAA